AAGCAGCUGAACUUCGUCUGUGGAAUCCUUCAGGAGCUGGCUGGGAAUUCUCGGCUCCACACCAUUGUAGUCGGUUCUCUUUCCAUAAGUCAGCAGCACUGCCAUUCCAUUUUACCAACACCGAUUGUCUGAGAACUUCAGCCGUCCCUCGGGCUUCUGGGGUGACCUUCUCCUCAGUCGCUGACUCCUGUGAGAUUCUUCGCCAGCAAUCCAGCUUUACUUUCGGCUUCGAGAAGUCAAGAGUAUUCAGUAUGGCAGGACUUUUGGCUAGCCGUAUCGCUCUUUGCCCGUCGAGCACUCUGAGUUUCACCUCUCUGCAAACGAGGCGAACUCCUGCGAGAGCAGCUUACGCAAAUCCUCCUGUUGGACGGACACCUGGAGCACCACCCACGCUCACUCAGUACACUGCAAGGAUUGAGCAAUUGCAUUCGAUGGCAACGAAAGCAGUUGAAAGCGCGGCCUCCGGCGCUUUCAAUGCUGGCCCCACGUCUUCUAUUGCCUCCUCCCCCUCGUUGAGUCCCUUCCGGGAAAGAAUAAACGACUGGUGGGCUGAUCAUCUUGCUAGCAAGGCGGAUUUCGUGGAGGCUGCAGCUCCGUGCCUCCCUUCGGAUGACGAGGAGGAGUUUCUCAUUCUGAAGCCGCCUGUUGAGGUGGAUUCCAAGUUCCAGCUCCCCCAAAAGGGACCUGAGGUCAAUUAUUGACGGCAUGAUAAAGUGGUUCUGACAACAGAUUCUAUCUAUUGACAUCGGCUGUCGGGAGAUGGCUUCGUUUGUAAAUAGACGCGUAUGGUGGCUCGAGUUGAACCACCUUGCUUGCUGCAAGGCGUACUUAGCAUGUGAAAUGCUGUUUUUGACUACACAAUCAUUAUCCAUGCUCUGGAGACUACUGCACUGCCCAGAAUUUCUACUGACGACGAAGGACGUGACCUAAGCAGCUGUUGGAGUUCUAGCAUUACGCAUAAUCACCUUUGAGAGAAGGGUGAAGCACAGUAUUCUAGUUCCCUGCAGCUGCAACCAUGAAAAGUUGCUACGACACAUUUUCGUCUAAACUGUGACCCACUUGUUCAUCCGCCGUGUAAAUGCAACAGCAGUUUGAACUGGAAGGU